AUGGCUGCCAUGCGAGUCGUGGCGUUCGACAAUAUCUACAAAAUCGUCGUCGAGCACCGGCAUAAUACAGCUCAUCAACCCCACGGACGCGAUUGUCUAGGACCAACUGGCAGGGGCCGUCAGAAGAUCCCCGCCGGGUCUAUUCCCGGCCAUGAAUUCGUCGGUACUGUCCACGAGGUUGGCGUAUAG